CCCCUUCCCCCUCCCCCGCUCCGCUUCCUUCCUCCGUUCCGCGCGGGCCGGACGCGAACCGGGGGCCGGCCUCGGGGCCGUUCAACUUGGCGGCUCCGGGCCCGCUGCCCGCGCGCUAGUUGUGAGGCGUGGCCGGGCGCAGGAGGCGCUUGGGGGGCGUGGGACUCCCCAGCUGGCGGCGGCGGCGGCGACCGAGAGGGCGCGCGGGACAAUGAGCUGGGCAGCUGCGCGCGGCGGCCGCCUUUAGCGGGCUGAGCGGGCCCACCUGCCAGCCGGACGGCCCGAAUGGCCGAGCCAGGUGUCCCGCGGCUGUAAGGCCGGAGCGCCCAGAUCGCGGCGCGCGGCGCGCCCGGGGCGCCGGGGACGGCCCUUUAUUAAUUCAUCCAUUUGUGGCGAGCUCUCUGAGCAGCCGCGAUGGCCAGCACCAGGAGCAUUGAGCUGGAGCAUUUUGAAGAACGGGACAAAAGGCCGCGGCCGGGGUCGCGGAGAGGGGCUCCCAGCUCCUCCGGGGGCAGCGGCAUCUCCGGCCCCAAGGGCAACGGGCUCAUCCCCAGCCCGGCGCACAGUGCUCACUGCAGCUUCUACCGCACGCGGACCUUGCAGGCCCUCAGCUCGGAGAAGAAGGCCAAGAAGGCGCGCUUCUACCGGAAUGGGGACCGCUACUUCAAAGGCCUGGUCUUUGCCAUCUCCAGCGACCGCUUCCGUUCCUUCGACGCGCUCCUCAUGGAGCUCACCCGCUCGCUGUCAGACAAUGUGAACCUGCCCCAGGGCGUCCGCACAAUCUACACCAUAGACGGCAGCCGGAAGGUCACCAGCCUGGACGAGCUGCUGGAAGGUGAGAGUUACGUGUGUGCCUCCAAUGAACCAUUUCGUAAAGUUGAUUACACCAAAAACGUUAAUCCGAACUGGUCUGUGAACAUCAAGGGUGGUACCACCCGAGCCUUGGCCGUGGCCUCUGUGAAAAGUGAGGUGAAAGAAAGCAAGGAUUUCAUCAAACCCAAGUUAGUGACUGUGAUUCGAAGUGGAGUGAAGCCUAGGAAGGCUGUGCGGAUCCUUCUGAAUAAAAAGACUGCCCAUUCCUUUGAGCAGGUCCUAACGGAUAUCACCGAAGCCAUUAAACUAGACUCGGGCGUGGUCAAGAGGCUGUGCACCCUGGAUGGAAAGCAGGUUACUUGUCUGCAAGACUUUUUUGGUGAUGAUGAUGUUUUUAUUGCAUGUGGACCUGAAAAAUAUCGUUAUGCCCAAGAUGACUUUGUCCUGGAUCAUAGCGAAUGCCGGGUACUGAAGUCAUCUUAUUCUCGAGCCUCGGCUGCUAAGUAUUCUGGAUCCAAAAGCCCAGGGCCCUCCCGCCGCAGCAAGUCCCCAGCCUCAGUAAAGAGGGCUGGCCACACCAGUGCCUGUUCUUCAGCCAAAUCCCCAGUGAACGGAACUCCCAGCAGCCAGCUCUCCACUCCUAAGUCCACGAAGUCCUCUAGCUCCUCUCCAACCAGCCCGGGAAGUUUCAGAGGAUUGAAGCAGAUUUCUGCUCCAGGCAGAUCUUCUUCCAAUGUGAACGGUGGACCUGAACUUGACCGUUGCCUGAGUCCUGAAGGUGUAAAUGGGAACAGGUGCUCUGAGUCAUUCACCCUUCUGGAGAAAUACAGAAUCGGGAAGGUCAUCGGAGAUGGCAACUUCGCGGUAGUUAAAGAGUGUGUGGACAGGUCUACUGGAAAGGAGUUUGCAUUAAAGAUUAUAGACAAAGCCAAGUGCUGUGGAAAGGAACAUCUGAUCGAGAAUGAAGUGUCAAUACUGCGCCGAGUGAAGCACCCCAACAUCAUCAUGCUGGUCGAGGAGAUGGAGACGGCGACUGAGCUCUUCCUAGUGAUGGAGCUGGUCAAAGGUGGAGAUCUCUUUGAUGCAAUUACUUCUUCAACCAAGUACACGGAGAGAGAUGGGAGUGCCAUGGUGUACAACCUAGCCAACGCCCUCAGAUAUCUGCAUGGCCUCAGCAUUGUACACAGAGAUAUCAAGCCCGAGAAUCUUCUGGUGUGUGAAUAUCCGGAUGGAACCAAGUCUUUGAAACUGGGAGACUUCGGGCUGGCAACAGUGGUUGAAGGCCCUUUGUACACCGUCUGCGGCACCCCGACUUAUGUGGCACCAGAAAUCAUUGCUGAAACAGGUUAUGGCCUGAAGGUGGAUGUUUGGGCAGCUGGCGUGAUUACAUACAUCCUUCUCUGUGGAUUCCCCCCAUUCCGGAGUGAGAACAAUCUCCAGGAAGAUCUCUUUGACCAGAUCUUGGCUGGGAAGCUGGAGUUUCCAGCCCCCUACUGGGACAACAUUACAGAUUCUGCCAAGGAAUUAAUCAGUCAAAUGCUUCAGGUAAACGUUGAAGCUCGCUGUACUGCGGGGGAGAUUCUGAGUCACCCCUGGGUGUCCGAUGACGCAUCCCAGGAGAAUAAUAUGCAGGCUGAGGUUACAGGUAAACUAAAACGGCACUUUAAUAAUGCGCUCCCCAAACAGAACAGCACCGCCACAGGGGUCUCCGUUAUCAUGUUUGAUUUGACAGUUUGAGAGACACCUCACAGAGAGAGUCCCGCUCUUUCCCCAGUUGAGACAUGGGAAAUCCCGAAGCAGACCCUGGUAUUCAACAUACUGUAUUCGUGGGAGCCCCCCCUAAUUCUCAGCCCCUCUUCCAACUGCAUGCUUGUCUCAGACUUCUGACCCUCGGCUUCCUACUGGUAUGGGUCCUCUGAACCACUGACCUCCUUCUGGCCAGCCCAGCACAGCCCAGCACAGCCCAGCACAGCACGCCUUUGGGGAGCUUCGUGUCAGACUUCUCAGCUUGUCAGCCUUUGCUUUCCUGCUCAGAGCGGGCUUCCAGCCGUCCUGUGCCCUGCUCCUGUUCACAUAGUGACAGUCCUGUGCCCUGCUCCUGUUCACAUAGUGACAGUCCUGUGCCCUGCUCCUGUUCACAUAGUGACAGUCCUGUGCCCUGCUCCUGUUCACAUAGGUGACAGUCCUGUGCCCUGCUCCUGUUUAUAUAGGUGACAGUCCUGUGCCCUGCUCCUGUUUAUAUAGGUGACAGUCCUGUGCCCUGCUCCUGUUCACAUAGGUGACAGUCCUGUGCCCUGCUCCUGUUUAUAUAGGUGACAGUCCCGUGCCCUGCUCCUGUUUAUAUAGGUGACAGUCCCGUGCCCUGCUCCUGUUUAUAUAGGUGACAGUCCCGUGCCCUGCUCCUGUUUAUAUAGGUGACAGUCCCGUGCCCUGCUCCUGUUUAUAUAGGUGACAGUCCCGUGCCCUGCUCCUGUUUAUAUAGGUGACAGUCCCGUGCCCUGCUCCUGUUUAUAUAGGUGACAGUCCCGUGCCCUGCUCCUGUUUAUAUAGGUGACAGUCCUGUGCCCUGCUCCUGUUUAUAUAGGUGACAGUCCUGUGCCCUGCUCUUGUUUAUAUAGGUGACAGUCCUGUGCCUGCUCCUGUUUAUAUAGGUGACAGUCCUGUGCCUGCUCCCAUUUACAUAGGUCAAGGGCAUCUUUCUGGAAAUGACAGCAGGAGAUGCAUGUCUUUGUGAGGUUUUUGUGCUUUGUCAAGAGCUGCUGCGUUUAUCAGUAAGACACCGUGUGCCAGCCGGCCUCUAGGAAAGGGACGUGAUCACAUUGGAGAGAGUUUCAGAGAGGCCGACGGCUCUGUGCCACGCUCUGCCUCUCCCCGACAGUCCUCAGCAUGCAGAUGAAGGAGAGUGUAUUUGGGAGGUGGCUGCUUUGUCCCAGUGAGGCACAAAGCCUCAGCGACCAGAGGGGCCAUCUUGUGGCAGAGAAGGGAAAGACAAGGCACCUCCUUCCCUGGUCUUGCAGAGGAGGAAUGUCGCCAGAUGUACAUUCUCUCCACCCCAGGGGGCGCUCUGCUGACUUGUAGGGGGUGAUGGUGGUGAUUCGGGGUUACUGUUUGGAUCGUGUUGCUUCUGUUGAAAGUAAGUCUGGUUUCUGUCCCUGCUUCUCUCCCUUCCUGCCUCUCUGCUGCUGCAUUGCUUCCCCUGACUAGGUCCAAGGCCAUGGUAUGUACUAACUGCACGGCCAGCUUCCGUCUGCGCGCACGCUCCUGUUCCUGUGGCCAGAAGAGAAGAGGGGAAAGAGCUAGGGGGUGUGGCUUGCUUCUACCCUGGAGAAAGUUCAGGAUAGAAGCAAGUGCUGCCUGCCUUGUGGGUGUGUGGGUGUGUGGGUGUGGAGGGGAGGCUCAGGAGGGCAGAGUGGCCGGCCUGGUCCCAGCAGCUCAGGAGCUAAGUUUCAGGCCAGGCUUUACCCACUCACCCAGUUAGCUGCCGCUGUCCCCAGCUUGAGGUUGGCAGGAGCUGUGGGGAACGCAACCCACGCUGCCUGUCUUGAGAAGCCUCGAUACCUGUUCUCUCCUCCAUCCUUUUUUUUUAUUUUUAAAUCUGUGUUAUGGUACUGGAAGAAUCAAUGGGACACUCCCCUGCCUUGGGAGUUAGACUGCAGAAUGCCUCCCGGUCCGUUCAUCUUUGAGCUGAAGAUGGUACCCAAGACCCACUGUCUCCCCACCUUUAGGGAACCCAGUGAAGUGGCCGUUGCUGGCUCCCAGGGCACCCAGGCUCCAGUGAAGCAAAGGAGACUCCAUGCCUGGGGACCCCCAGCAAGGUUCAGAAGGAAGUGCUUCCUCCGAGGGCCUCUGUGCCCUUGAGGGGUUGAGUAGAUGAAUAAUGCAGGGGUCCAGCAGGUGCAGGCUCUCUCACAGGGAGAGGGGCAGGCAAAGAUACCGUGGAGAGUCCAUGUGGCUGCACCCCAGUGGAUUCCUGGGCAUAUUACAGAUGCCCUUCGGUUGUAAGGGCGUUGUUUAUUUCUGACAUGUAAGGGCCACCUAUCUGUGACAAGAGCUUCCUUUAGAUAACUCUACUAGUGUACUAGGGCAGCUGGCAGAGACUGGCCGUCGUCCAGCACUCUGGGUGUGGGUGUGGGCCAGACACUCAGAAUUCAGGUGCAGCUCACAGCAGGUUCACUCAGGCCGCCUUGUGCAGGCCAGCCACGUUUCCCGCCACUCCUCCCCAGCUCCCAGCACAGGCUGUGAUAAGGGCAGAGGCGAAGGGCAGCUGCUGGGAUGGGGUGGGGGCUGGGGGAGUGGGGCUCAGUUCCCUUUAGACGUCCGCUGGAGGUCUGGUGAAUUUCUCCUCUUCUGUUUCUGUGUCCUGUGCUUGCAUGCUGUGUCCUGCUUUCUGGUUCUGGGAGUGUGAUGGAGCCAGGCCUGGAUAAUGUGGUGUCUCUGCCGCUCUCUCCCCAGAACACGGCUCUAGAUAAAGAGGGGCAGAUUUUCUGCAGCAAGCACUGUCAAGACAGCAGCAAACCCGCCAGGGAGCGGACCUCGCCAGUCCCUCCCCCAGCCCGGGAGGCCCCUCCCC